AUGACGGCCAGAUCGGACGAUCCCGGUGUGUCCCCGGGGACCUCGGCGGCGGCCGGCGGCGAGAUCUGGGGCACGUGGGAGGAGCUCCUCCUGGCGUGCGCCGUGCGGAAGCACGGCACGGCCAGCUGGGACUCCGUGGCCAUGGAGAUGCUGUCCCGCUGCCCUCCCGCCGCGGCCGACAGCCUCACGCCCGCCGGGUGCCGCCUCCGCUAUCGCCUCCUCCACCGCCGGUUCGCCGCCGGCGCCUGCUCCGAAAGCGGUGACGGCGACGACGAGGACCCCGACGCGGCCUCCGCCGACGGGUGCGUCGAGGAGCUCCGCAAGCUGCGCGUCGCCGAGCUCCGCCGCGAGGUCGAGCGAUACGAUCUCUCGAUCGGGUCGUUGCAAUCCAAAGUGGAACGGCUCAAGGAGGAGAGGGAGAGGAGCAUCUCCGGCGAGGCCAAUCCACCGGCGGUGAAGGAGGACGACGACGACGACGACGAGGAGCCGCCGGCGGGGAAGGGAUCGCUGGAGGAGGAGGACGAUGCCGGCGUCGGGGAGGAUCGUGUCUCCGGCGGCGAGUCCGGGCGGUCGUGCAAGGAGUCCAACUCGUCAGAUCUGAAGUGGCCGCGGCCGGCGGACGACGCCGGCGGCACGGCCGACGCCGGGAACGGCGACGCGGCGGUGAGAGGGGAGGACCAGGGGGCAGGAGACGACGCGGCCCGCGAGUCGUCGGCUGUGAAGCGCGAGCAGGCCUCCGGCGAGUCGGUGGCCGGGUCCAAGGGCACGGCGCCGGACGACGCCGAGAAGGAGAGCAGCGACGUGCAGAGCUCGGCCAGCCCGUCCCGCCGCCGCGAGCCGGAGAUCGCCGCCGGAGAGGACGCGGAGGCGGAGGAGGCCUCAGCACCGCCGCCGGCCGCCGCGGUCCUCCCCGCGGCGGAGGCCGAGGCGCUGCGCGCGUUCCUCGAGUCGGUGCGGACCAGCAAGCCGGGCUCCGUGUUCGAGCGCCGGCUCGAGAGCCAGGACGACGCGAAAUACAGGAGCACCAUCAGGCGCCACGUGGAUCUGGAGACGGUGAGGUCCAGGCUGGACGGGGUGGGGCCGGGAGCUACGCCUCGGCGACUGAGUUCUACCGCGACCUGCUCCUGCUGUGCGCCAACGCGCUGGUCUUCUUCCCGCGCGGCUCGCCUGAGCACUCGGCCGCGGCGCGGACGCGCGCGCGUCGCCAAGCACAUGUCCAAGGACCAGCCGGCGGGGCCCUCGGGGAAGGCGGCCGCGGGGCCGCCGGGGGCGUCCAAGAAGGCCAAGGCCGAGGCCGACGUCGGGUCGCUGCUGGAGAAGACGGCGCCCAUCAUCGUGUGCCGGAAGCGGAGCUCCAUCGCCAAGGCCGCCGCGGCGGCCACCGCCAAGGAGGAGAAGGCGGAGACGGACGACAAGGAGGAGAGGGAGCGGAAGGAGGCGGUGGGCAAGAGGAAGGCGGCGGCCAAGGACCGGGCGGCGCGAGGCCCGAGGACGAACAAGACCCGCGGCGGGCCUGCUGUCCGGAAGGCUGCGGCGGACAACGGCUCGGACAGCGACGCGCCGCCCGAGGAGGCCAAGAAGCAGCCUGCUGCUGACAAGAAAGGCGGCGGUGGUGCCGGCGUCGCCAAGAAGCGCAACGCUGUCAACUUCCUCAACCGGAUGAAGCAAGGCGGCUCGGCGCCGUCGACGGAGCGCGUGUCGCUGCUGGAGACGCUGAAGCUCUCGGCCCAGGCGGAGCAGAAGAAGGCCGGGAAGGGCGAGGGCAAGAAGGAGCCCGCGGGUGGGUCCGGGUCCAAGAAAGCCCCGCCGGGGAGGAGGAACGUCGGCAGGCCACCGAAACGCGCGGCCGCGCCCCCCGUCUCCCCCUCCGUCCAAGAGGGCAAAGGGCGGCGGCGGGAAGCGCGGGGGCAGGAAGUGAAGGGGAUGGGAAGGAAUGGGAGGCAGUAG